CCUUUUUUGUCUUCUUUAACUUCUUUCUUAUUUUUCAUACAUUGUGUUCAUAUCUCAACAGUAUCCAUGGAAAAGAUGCUAGAAGGUGGAGCUAUGGUGAGAAAGAGUAUGAAGCCAAAGACCAAGAUAGUUUGCACAUUGGGACCUUCAAGUAGGUCAGUGGAGAUGUUGGAGAAGCUUCUGAAUGCAGGGAUGAACGUGGCUCGCUUCAACUUUUCUCAUGGUUCUCAUUCUUACCACCAAGAGACCCUUGAUAAUCUCAGAACUGCAAUGAAUAACACAGGCAUUCUUUGUGCUCUAAUGUUGGAUACCAAGGGUCCAGAGAUUAGAACAGGGUUUCUGAAAGAUGGGAAGCCCAUAAAAAUCGAAAGAGGACAAGAAAUUACGAUCACAACUGAUUAUAGCAUAAAAGGUGAUGAGAACAUGAUCAGUAUGAGCUACAAGAAGAUCGCUCAUCAUUUGAAUCCAGGAAGUAAUGUUCUUUGUGCUGAUGGGACAAUUAGUUUCACUGUCCUUGAAUGUGACAAGGAGAAUGGCUUGGUUCGUUGUAGAUGUGAAAAUUCUGCAGUUCUGGGUGAGAGAAAGAAUGUUAACCUUCCUGGAGUAGUUGUUGAUCUUCCAACCUUGACUGAGAAGGACAAGGAGGACAUUUUGGAAUGGGGUAUUCCUAAUAAGAUUGACAUGAUUGCUCUCUCUUUUGUUCGCAAAGGUUCAGACCUUGUGGAGGUUAGAAAUCUACUAGGGAAGCAUGCAAGAUAUAUACUUCUCAUGUCCAAGGUUGAAAAUCAAGAGGGCAUUGCCAAUUUUGAUGAGAUACUUGCAAAUUCAGAUGCAUUUAUGGUGGCAAGAGGUGACCUGGGAAUGGAAAUUCCAAUUGAAAAGAUCUUUCUUGCUCAGAAAGUUAUGAUACAUAAGUCAAAUUUACAAGGAAAGCCUGUGGUGACUGCCACUCAGAUGUUGGAGUCUAUGAUCAAAUCUCCAAGGCCUACCCGUGCUGAAGCUACUGAUGUUGCAAAUGCAGUUCUUGAUGGCACAGAUUGUGUUAUGCUUAGUGGGGAAACUGCUGCAGGAGCUUAUCCAGACAUUGCUGUUCAAACCAUGGCUAAAAUAUGUUCAGAAGCAGAAAAUUUUAUAAACUAUGAUGAACUGUUCAAAACAAAGAUGGAAACAGCUUUAUCUCCAAUGAGUCCAUUAGAAAGUAUGGCUUCUGCGGCAGUUAGGACUGCAAGUUGCAGCAAUGCAGCUCUUAUCUUAGUUCUAACUAGAGGUGGAACCACAGCAAAGCUGGUUGCAAAGUACAGACCAAGCAUGCCAAUUUUGUCAGUGAUAGUUCCUGAGAUAACAACAGAUUCUUUAGACUGGUUCUGCAGUGAGGAAUACCCAGCAAGGCAUAGCCUUAUUUACCGUGGCCUGAUACCUGUUUUGGGCACAGGUUCUUGUGGAGCUUCCCAGAGUGAAUCAACAGAAGAAACCAUAGAGUUUGCUCUUCAAUAUGCAAAGAAAAAUGAGCUGUGCAAGCCUGGAGACUCUAUUGUAGCAUUGCACCGAGUUGAAUCUGCUACUUUGAUCAAGAUAUUGGAUGUCAACUGAAGAAGACUCAAGACUAGGACCAAUGCGUUGUUUUCUUUUAAAUUUUCCUUCUUGUUGUUAGACUUGUUUUAACUUUUUUACUCAUUCAAGUUUCAUAAAAUAGCUUUUUGUCCUGUAUCUGACUUGAUUGAAGAUGAUCCCUUAUGGGAAUUGAAG